CUCGAUUAUGAUCGACUCGAUCGCGCUCGACUCGAUCGAGUUCAACACGAUCUUGUUCGGCGCGAGAGUGACAGGCCAGCUCGAUCGUGUUCGACUCGAUCAUGAGUCCAGGCUUAUCGUGUUCGACUCGAUCGUGUCGAACUCGAUCGAGUCGAACACGAUCGCUUGGACUCACGAUCGACUCGAAAACGAUCGAGUCGAACACGAUCGAGUGGAACGCGAUCGAGUCGAUCAUGAUCGAGUCGAACACGAUCGAGUCGAACACGAUCGAGUCGAGCACGAUCGAGUCGAACGCGAUCGAGUCGAUCAUAAUCGAGUCGGACACGAUCGAGUCGAAGUCGAUAAGCCUGGACUCACGAUCAAGUCGAACACGAUCGAGCUGGCCUGUCACUCUCGCCCCGAACGAGAUCGUGUUGACCACGGGCACGAUCACGAUCGAGUUGAACACGAUCGCGGAUGCCUCGGCCUUCGAUCACGAUCCGCGAUACGCCGCCUGGUCCGAAAGCUGGGCAAAUAGGAGAGAAGGCUCCGUGCCGUGGACUGGUCGUACCGUCAGCCCUAUGAAGACCAGGCCAACGACGACCAAAACACCAGUUGCCUUGAGCAACCGAUCGCGCUAUGAUGUGGCCACCAAGGGACAUCUCCCCUUGGUGGGCCAGCAACGCUAUGACUACACUGUGUCGAGCCGCGUAGAGGAAGUCCAUGAGUAUUUUACAGAUGAGGAUGAAGAGAACAGCGAGGAAUAUUCGGAACGAGCAGGAGGACAGAAACAGUAUGCUGCGGGUGUCGGCGGGAUGACAAGGCAUCCAGGAGAGACAAGUAAAGUGGUUGGACAGGAUGAAGACAGUGAACACACUGUGAGCGCAUCGGGUGGAGAGGUUGGUCCGGCAGGAGGAUAUGGGAGCAGCUACGAAGGAUAUGAGGGGGAUGUGCACGCGACAGUGGUUGUGGCUGGGCUAGAGAUGAGCAUUUUGUGGGUGCGGGUCUGGGUACCCGGUGCUCAUCUCUGGGCUGGGCAUACAGAUGCUGCAGGGCUCGCUGAGCGAAAGAGGAAGCACAUGCGGAAGAGAAAAAGUCUUAUGGAUAAUAAACGGAGUAGGCAAGAAGCGGGUGAAAAAAGACGAUUGAAAACAAUGCCCGUGGAUGCGGCGGUCAAGCGAACGCGGGAGACUGAGGCAGCCGCGAAGAAAAAGCAGCAGCCAAAGAAAAGAAAGGCAAAAGGUGGUGUUAUGGAAAAGACUUCUGUUUUUCCAGCGGAACAACCACAAUCGGAUGAAGAGGCCAAAGGCAAGACAGUUACUAGGCCGCCAAGUUUGCGAAAUGUGCCAUCAGUGACUUCUUCUGGUGUUCUUAGCAAAGGCUUUUUCCUUGAGUUGGACGAGCAUGGGAACCAAUGUCCAGACAUGGAAUUCAUUUCUGUCCAGUUCAACAGAAUUCUGGAUAUCCCGGACGGGGAAUUCAGAUACAAUCAACGUUAUCUUAUGCAGCAGACGGUUGACGACAUUUAUGACGCAAUGAUUGCAUCGGGUGAGGCUGCUAUGAGAGAGAGAAUGACUGGAGUUGCCGGUGUGAAUGUCUGUACGUUGUAUGAGAAGGCUGUCCUUUUGUUGGUUGCCCUCCGUGAUACAUUGCAUACUGACGCUUCAGGGAGGAUUGUGAGAGCAAGGAGGGUGCUGCCCGAUGAUUUUGAUCUCGAAUCUGUGAACAAGUACUACUACUACCCUCUCAACGGUCAGCAUAACGUGGCGGUGGCAAGAAGGCGUUUUGUUGAACGCUCUGACAUCGCACAAGAGCUCCGAUUGGAUCGCUGGACUGCGAGGCCUGUUUAUUAUCCGGAUAAGAGUAUGGACAGUUACGGCACGCUGAGCACUUUCCAGAACUCCAAGGACAAAUGGAAUACCCCACCGCGACAGAACGUGGUCGUCCAGAACAUACGGAAGUUGUGGCACGAGUCGAACUAUCCUAAAGCUAAAGGCGGCUCAGCGGCAGAAGUGAAAAAUGCAGAGUAUAGAAAGUUUGCGGGAGAGGCUUUUCGUUUGACCGGGAUUCGUAAUUUGAUUGACAUGUCCCUUACUACUCAGUGGAGCGGCCAGUGGUCUAACGCCCUCAGGCCCUACAUAUUGUUGGCAAGGGCGACAGAUGACGUUUUUGAAAAGGUGAAACAAGUGUACGCCGCUUGGGAAGCUGGACAAUUGUCGGGGAGAGAUGUUGUGAAGCCUGCUACCAAACAAGGUGAAUCAGGGAAGGCACCGAGGGCUGGACCCGGAUUUGAGUUGAAAGGUGGAGUUAGGUAUCCGGUUCACUGGGUUCAGGGUAUCAAAAGACCUGGUUUCCUCGUGGUUGUGCACGAUCCGGAUAUCAGAGCGUGGAAGCCUUUUUCGGCGCUUGGGAGGCGUGAGCGGCUGCAACUGUUGCGAGACAUUCUCAAAGGCAGUGUGAUACUGACUCCUAAGCGAAGUGGAGCUGUUGAACGUGCCGGGAAACAUUCAACGGAAACAUAUGUGGAAAUGGUGAAGAUUGAAAGAGCAAUGUUGAGGAUGUUUCACUACUUCGUCUUCAUUUAUAACCCUCACAGGAAGUCGUCAGAGUGGACGGAACCAUUAUUCAACAACCUUUUCUAUUUGUUUGAUAAGUACUCUAAUGAAGGAUUGACGUCCGAGAGGUGGAUCGACCAGCACAGAAUGGUUGUCAUCAUGUACUCCAACGAUGGGGAUUAUCACCGCAACACUAUUCCCUUGCUUGAAGACAUUCCAGCAAGCACUCCAGCUGCAGAUCGAUCAUCUGGCGAGCAGGCGGGUGACUUAUCAGCACUUGUGCGCAGAGAGAGAAGGCCAAAGAUGUUGGCUGAUGUCGUGGAGAAGAACUUCACGCCCACGAAGUUGAAAAUGGCAGGUAUGGAGCCAAGGGAUAAAUUAGUGUACGAAGGUAUGGAAAUGGAGCCAAAUGCGAUGGUGGAGACAUUGGAGCAUUUUUGUCCUGCGGAUGAGGCUGUUGUUUUCUUGGGAAAAGGCCAUGCGACGUUGAUUUGGGAGUUGUUAAAGAGUCACCGUCAUUGCAUUGUUCUGGAAGGGGAGGGUAUGAAGUUCGAGUUUCUCGUUCAAUUCGUCACCAAGAUGGUCAAGAGUGGACUUUACCUCGCCAAAUUUGUUAAGACGCCUCCUCGACAUGAUGAAAAGCGUGAUCUCGUCUACAAAGUCGGCAAAAACAUCGUCAACAUUUGGGAGUUCCUUUUCGAGACUAAGCCAGAAAACAGAAGGGAACGUGCAUAUGUCGUCAGAAGGCGAAAAAUGAAAUCACUUCUGAGGGGGUAUCAUAAGGCACCGGCAGAGAGGGAAGUUGCAUUUCUAGACCGUUUAGAGAUGAUGUACUUCGACGAAGAAAUCGGGGCAUUUACAAUCGCAGCUUAUGCAACUUGUUUUGGGGAAGGCUUCGAUGUUGAGGACUCAGAGGAAGAAAGUGAAGAUGGUACUUUGCAAGCGGCUUUGGCAGAUGAGAGGCAAAAAGCUUGUAGCUCGGCUUCGCAGAAGAUGGGUGCGCCGGGCACAUCGUCCGGUUCUUGGGGGGCUUCGAGUAUGGCAGUUACAACGGACCAGUUUCAACGGACCAGUUAUAUGGCGGGCAACACAACAGCGCUAUCUUCCGGCGCAGUUCGGGAUGAUCCGAGGCUGCAGGCAAUUCUCUCCCCAGAGGUUAUGGCAAGUCUGUCAGCACUUGCACAUAGCCCGGCUACUGUUUUGGAAUUGCUACGCUCUCAAACUCCUCAACCACCUCCGUUUGAGCCCUUGGAGUACGAGAUUGAAGACAUCAUCCCUCCGGACAUUGCACGGCUUCCUGGACCUAUUGUGUGUCGGGACGAUUAUACGGUGAUGCCUGACAACGUAUGGGGUCAUCACAUUAUAUGGCACUCCCACCACUUCCAACCUGCAUUGUUUGUCGCACACGCCAAAAAUGAGAUUGGCAAGGGACUACUGCGACUUAAUCCGAAGGUUUCUCAAUCAAGACUGGAUGCAAGGACAGAAGAAAUCUUUGAGGAGUUCAAAACAUCUCGAUGGCUUGAGUAUCUGGAAGAGUUCUAUGAUCGAGAAACAAGUCCAGCUUUUGGAUAUAAUUGGCGUAUCGAAGAGGAAGUUGAAGACAAAGUUGGGGAAAGGAAAGGAGCGAGCGGCGAUGAGAGUGGCAAGGGAUCAGGAUCAGGCGGCUGUGCGCUUGGCAAGGGAACAAGAUCAAGUGGUGGUGAACAUGGUAAGGGAUCGGAACCACGGGGCGGUGCCAGUGGCAAGGGCCUGGGACCGAGCGCCGGUGCAAGUGGAAAGCCAAUAAGUCAUGGUGAACUGCAAAAACACGAAAUGUGUCAAGGGCGUCAAGCAACAGAGGGAAAGGUAUCAGGACCAAGCGGCGGUGCACAUGACGAGGGAUCGGGUUCGCCUAUGGGAUUAGGACCAAGCAGCGGUGCACAUUGCAGGGGACCGGGUUCGCCUCUGGGAUUAGGACCAAGCGGCAGUGCACAUGGCACGGGAUUGAGAGGCGAUGCAAGUGGCCAGGAUUUGGGAGGAAGCGACGGUGCAAGCGUCAAGGGCGUAAGUCAUGGAGAACUGCCGAAAUGUGUCGAGGACGUCCUUCCGGAUGACCAAGUUUGGGCGACCACUAUGUUGGCGAGCGAGAGUGUUACUGCACAAGUGGAUAAUACUGGUGCACUUGCAGAAUUAGAGAUGCCAUUGGAUAUGCCAGCUGAGAAAGAUGAACAUGAAGUCUCUCUGGACAUGAAGAAUGAAAGCGCGACUGCAGGUGCAAACGAAACUGCCAAUGUACAGGCCAUCGAAGAGGAUGAAGGACAUAUAGUACUAAGUACACGGGAGCAACAUACGCUUGUACAGCCUGAACUUAUGGUUGCAAAAUCAGAAGCACAACAGUCUGCUAACCUCGUGAUAUCUAUCGACGAAUCUCCUUUUACACCAUCUCAUGAUGCGAUAGAAGAUCGUGUUGAAGACAAAGUGUUAGUGAGUCACCGAGGGCAACGAAAAGAACUGUGAAAAACGACGCACGUACAUUCGUAAAGGCAGAGUGAGAAGAAUAUUAUUCGUCGUGGCUUGCAAGCCUUAUCAACUU